AUGAAUACUCUCUUCACAUUAGUCAGUCUCCAACAACAACAAUCCAAUAGUAUCAUUACAAAUAAAUCUUCGAUAAGCAGAACCUCCACCACCACUAGUGGCUCUCCACAAACUGCUUAUCACUACAACUUCCCACAAAGCGACGUCGUCCAAGAAUGCUUCAACUGUUUCAUGGAUGAAGAAGAUCUUUCCUCUUCUUCUUCUCAUCACAACCAUGAUCACCACAACAACAAUCCUAGUAACUACUACUCUCCCUUCACAACUCCCACCCAAUACCAUCCCGCCACAUCACCAACUCCUUCCUCCACAGCCGCCUUGGCCUCACCUUACUCCUCCGGCUACCACCAAGACCCCUCCGCUUUCUCCAUCCCUCAAACUCCUCCUUCCUUCGACUUCUCAUCCAAUGCCAAGUGGGCAGACUCCAUCCUCCUCGAAGCCGCACGUGCCUUCUCCGACAAAGACACCGCACGUGCACAACAAAUCCUCUGGACGCUCAACGAGCUCUCUUCUCCCUACGGAGACACUGAGCAGAAACUCUCUUCUUACUUCCUCCAAGCUCUCUUCAACCGCAUGACCAGCUCAGGCGAACGAUGUUACCGAGCUAUGGUAACCGCCGCAGCCACUGACAAGACAUGCUCCUUCGAACAAACGCGCAAGACCGUGCUUAAGUUCCAAGAAGUUAGCCCGUGGGCCACGUUCGGACACGUGGCGGCAAACGGAGCUAUCUUGGAAGCAGUAGACGGAGAGGCAAAGAUACACAUCGUUGACAUAAGCUCAACGUUUUGCACUCAAUGGCCGACUCUUCUAGAAUCUUUAGCCACAAGAUCAGACGACACGCCACACCUAAGACUAACCACAAUAAUAGUCGCUAAUAAAUACGUCAACAAUCAAACGGCGUCACAUCGUAUGAUGAAAGAGGUAGGAAACCGAAUGGAGAAGUUCGCUAGACUCAUGGGAGUUCCUUUUACAUUCAAUAUUAUUCAUCACGUUGGAGAUUUAUCCGAGUUUGAUCUCAACAAGCUAGAUAUUAAACCAGACGAAGUCUUGGCCGUCAACUGUGUAGGUACGAUGCAUGGGAUUGCACCUCGCGGAAACCCUAGAGACGCUGUGAUAUCUAACUUCCUACGGUUAAGGCCUAGGAUUGUGACAAUAGUUGAAGAAGAAGCUGAUCUUGUCGGAGAACAAGAAGGCUUUGAUGAUGAGUUCUUGAGAUCUUUUGGAGAAAUUUUACGUUGGUUUAGGGUUUGUUUUGAGUCGUUGGAAGAGAGUUUUCCGAGGACGAGCACUGAGAGGUUGAUGCUAGAGCGUGCGGCGGGACGUGCGAUCGUUGACUUGGUGGCUUGUGAGCCGUCGGAUUCGACGGAGAGGAGAGAGACGGCGAGGAAGUGGUCGAUGAGGAUGAGGAAUGGAGGGUUUGAUGCGGUGGGGUUUAAUGCUGAGGUGGCGGAUGACGUCAGGGCUUUGUUGAGGAGGUAUAAGGAAAGAGUUUGGUCGAUGGUACAGUGCUCUGAUGCCGCCGGGAUAUUACUUUGUUGCAGAGAUCAGCCGGUGGUUUGGGCCAGUGCGUGGCGGCCAACGUGAAUGGACAUAAUGAUUUUUUUUAAUUAGCACGCGCUGGCUUGUUGGUUGAGAUGGUUUCGCACGUGUGGUGAUGCUUGAUAUAUGAUGGGUUUUGUUUAUAAUGCGUUCAUGAUUUGAAUGCUUUUGGAAUAGUACUAAUCAAAUUGUGAUCAUUGAAGAGGAGGGUUCAUAUAUUCGUGAUUUUUUUCUUAAAUAUUCCAUCCUUUCUCUUUUUGAUUUAAAAAUCUGUGAUUAGUUUGGUUUAUGCAAAAGAAUAGGGUUUAAUUUCCUUUAUUUUGAAAU